AUGGAGGAGACUGUGAGGAGCCUGCUACAGAACCAGGACACACUGGAGGGCCCCAGCGUGGAUCCACUGGACCUUAUGAAAGCCUACAAGAACAAACUCCUGGAGGAGAUGUGGAAACAGCAGAACAGUCUGGAGGGCCCAACACCCCCUUUGAUAGAUAGGAGGCCCAACUCUCCAGGAUGCAGCAGUAGGGGACAUGAGGAGGACUCCCACGAGGCCAAGCCCCUUCUAGAGCGACUACGGGCCCUGGAGGUGGAGAACUCUGCCUUGAUGAUGGAGAACGACAACCAGAGGAAGCAGUAUGAACGUUGUCUGGAUGAGGUGGCUAAUCAGGUUGUUCAAGCACUCCUCACUCAAAAGGACCUAAAAGAGGAGUGUGUGAAGCUGAGGACACGCGUGUUUGACUUGGAGCAGCAGAACCGCAUACUGAACGUUCUGUUCCAGCAGCGGGUCAAAAUAUCCAGCAACCCUGUCUCCCAGGAGGUCCAACGGAAUGGGAAGGCAGGUGUUCCUGCAGUGAGGUGGCCCAGCCUGCUGAGUCUGACCUGUCCACGCAGUAGCUGCAGUGGCAGUGAGGCCUCCUUAUCCAGUGCCUGUAGUGAGUACUCCAGUGGCUCACAUACUUGGGCAGAAGGACGCAGCUCCACCAAGCAGUCUGCAAUAAAUCGAGAGAAGAGGAUGAGUGCAACUUAUUGCUCUGUAUCAGUAGAGCAGCCGGACCUAAGCUGGAAAGAGGGCCACAUUCUGAAGGGCCUAAAGAGGCUCCAAAUGCGCAGCCCAGCUCCCCAGGAGCCAUCUUCACUUGCCUCCACGUCACAUUUCAAGAACUGCAUGACCUCCAACGAGGGCAUAUACUCUCUAGGGGUCAAGUGUGGUCCAAUAGGGGUACUUCCCGCAUUGGCAAAGGGAAAGCCUUUCAAGCCAGGAGCAGGAGUCAGUACCUUAAUCUCUGACUCAGACGAUGCAGAUGAUGAAUCGCCUCAAUCCCCAGUCAGGGAGUCCUGCUGCCCACCCAUCAAAGACACUCAUCAUCUGGAAGGACAGCCUGCGUCUGAAUUGGAAAUGGCACAAGGGGAAAAGAGCUUUACGGACUACAACUCCCAAGAAGAGCCUGUAAGACUUGUAAGAAGUCCCAGCAACUCCCUAUCACCUAUCAAAGACGUCUUCUUGCUCAAGGGUCCUACACUGAAGCCUGGACUUAGCCCAACGGCGACCCCUACCACUGUGAGUGGACUUGAGAAUACAAAUUGGAUAGAAAAAGACAAGCAGUCUGCCUUUACAAACUGGAAUGUUAUGGACAGUUGCAAUUUGAGGCCAGAGAGUGUUAAACAGCCACAAGAAACAGUUACAGACAAACAACUAGAGACAGGGGCUAGGGAAGUGAGACAACCCAUUCAUCAUUCAGCAUCCAGAGCUCUGAGUUGGGUUAGUGAGGUCAGACAGCGCAGUGCUUCCAUGGAUACGAAGCAUUACAGAGAGCCGAACAGCCAGGGUGAAAUUGAUACCAAGGACUACACCAUUUUGGAGUCCCGACAAAGGAAAGCAAUGCCUAAGGCCUGCAACUCAGCAAGGAAGGCCUUUUUCCUCCGAAGCAAGAGUGUGGACGGAGGCCCAGACCAGGCCAAGCUGCACCAGCCUCUACAUCAGAAACUGAUAAAGGUCAAUCAAAGGUCCAAUAAUCACAUGAACACUCCUGGGUCCAGUGGCCCUGGCACAAAGACUUACCUCAGCAAGGCACCUGGUCCAGCAAAGGCAUCAGUACAAAUGUUUGAGAAAGGUAAGAAUGCUACUGGUGCAAGAACUUCAGGGCCACUUGAGAAUAGGGUACAGAGCUCCCCUUCUUCUUCACCUCAGAAACUGGUCAAGGUAUUUAAGCCACCUGGGCUGAAUGAUUACCCCAAGAGACCAUCUAAAGUAUCCCAACCAGUCUCCAAACUCACAUCAAGUGGAGCAAAAGCCCCCAACUCCAACAAUUCAGCCUGCUUUCCACUCAAACAGAGACAGCAAGACCAGCACUCCGAUCCACCUCGCAAUGAUAUCAGGUCCCUUUCUCCUCCACCCCCACCAGGUCGGACCACCUCCCUACUAAUACGAACUGAUCAUGACUCAUUACCUCAGGUGCAUAAGCCUGUGGUUCAGCCCCAAACCUCUAGCACCGUUAAGGCAACCACCAAUAGCACCAAAUCUCAGUCAAGUCAUCAUUCAUCUAUUUUACAAAAGCAAGCUCAAGCCCCCAUCAAAAUGCAAGACACUCCUCAUAUGGAUCCCAAAAUGGGCUCUGAGAUGAAAAAGUCUCCGAAACUGGUCCCUACCAAAGUUCACCAUACCUUACCAAUUUCUACCCCUAUUCAAGAAUCCAAGGAAACAGCCUAUUCCCACUCCUCACUGAGCUGGACUGUGGCACAAGCCUCUCAUCAGGAAAAUAGUGCCCCCUUUGUGGUGCCAAACCAGGGCUGUUUACCUGUGUCCCAGCAAAGCAAUGAUGAGCCACAAAGUACAGAGCUCUUACCUCAGGCCUCAGCAUCUCUUCUCUGCCAUGGCAUAGUUAGUAACUCUCAACAUUCUAUGACCAGGGUAGAGAAGUCAUCCAUUCUUUUUGGCUCCAAAACCAAUGAGUCAACCUCAAAGCCGGGCAACAACUCCACAGUUAACACUGCUACAAAGGGAGUGCAGACUUUUGAAAACCUCUACCAGGACACCUACACACGUCCAAUGAUGCACUGUGUCAAUGCAGCUGUAGCCAAGGUCAAUGCUAGGAGAAAUCUCAAGACCCGCUGUAGCUCACUAGAGGAGCCUACACUCCCACCUACAGCAGCAGAGAAUGGUGUAACUUUGGACUGGGGAUUUGAUGAAGAGGGCUGGCUAUUCAAGCGCUCAGUCUCAGUCUCUACCCGGCCUCCUAUCCACCCAGUUAUGGGCAUGAACGGAGCAAAGGCUCGCAGUCACAGCUUCGGAGCACGUUACAUGGACAGACCAAACGUCAGCAGGUCAGGAAAAGUCCGUACUCACAUCAAAACUAACUCAGGAAGCUCUUUGAACUCUCUUGGUGAUGUAUUUUGGGGUAGUAUGAGUUGCUCCAACAGCUACCAUUGUCCCAUGAACAGAUCCCACGUUAACAAUUUCAUGAUUGAGGAAGGCUUGCCCCUACCUCCACAUCUGAGGGCUUCCAGUGAUCGAUUUGAUCUGAAACACAAGAGGUUAAACUCAACAUCACAUCUCCAGACUGACAAACAGCUCUCUAGCACCUUCUGUGAACCCAUCCAUGGGGAACCAGAAAGGCAGUCCACCAUCGAGGAGAAGGUCAUGAUGGGAAUCAAGGAGAAUUUGCAGAAAUCUCAAGAGCAGGAGAAGACAACUGAAACUAAGCAGAAAUCCGUCUCAUCCCUGGCAAACUGGUUCGGAUUCCGCAAGAACAAGCUCCCUGCUCCGAGUGGUAAAAACAUAGAUACUCAAAAGGGAAAGGAGGAGAAGAAGGAGCCUAAGCUUGGAUCUCUAUUGGGUGGGAAGCAGGCAAAGUCCGACAAAAAGGAGAGGAGGAAAAGUGAAGGUCAUCGAAUGGACAGCUCGGUGGGGAAAAGAGACUCCCAAGAUGCAUUUCUCCUCUGCCUCUCGAUGGCCUCCCAGGGAGCCUCAGUUAACAGCAUCAUGCAAGGACAAACUGGCAUCUGUGGGGACACAAAGACAAAAACACAGAGGAUGAACCUUAGGACUGAUAACGACAAUGGAGCUGCAUUAAAGAGCCCCAGUCAAGAUCACGUGAUCGGCUCCGGCUGCAAGAUGCGAACAUUGGACAGCGGAAUUGGAACGUUCACCCUCCUUGAUUCCUCCUCCUUCCUCCACUUCCUUCCCAAGUCCCCAUCGGCCCGGGGUCACUCCCUCAGCCCACCCACUGUGCCCAGUUCCUCUAGUGCAGAAGUGUCGCUCUUCCCAUUACCCAGGUGGAGAGUGCCUGCCUGCUCAAAGGACCAUCCCUGCAGCCAACCAGAGCUUGUCAACGCCUCGUUAUCUGACACCACUGUGACCCUUGUCCAAUCAGUGCCUUAUCCCACUGUGGCCUUCCUUCAGCCCAUCCCAUCCCUGUCUGAGCCCCUUGUGACCUGUGCCAGUGUAUGUGAUACUCAAAGCAGGCUGCCCAGACUAGCCUCAGGUAAAGCCCAGAGAUAUCUUGUCCAGAGAUACAGUGCCUUCAGAAAGUAUUUGUACACCUUGAUUUAUUCCACAUUUUGUAGUGUUACAGCCUGAAUUCAAAAUUGAUUAAAACUAUUUUCUCUCACCCAUCUACACACAUGACCCCAUAAUGACAAAGUUAUAAUGUGUUUUUAGAAAUUGUAGCAAAUUUAUUGAAAAUUAAGUGCAGAAAUAUCUCAUUUACAUAAGUAUUCACACCCCUGAGUCAACUUUGCAGAAGCACCUUUGGCAGCGAUUACAGCUGUGAGUCUUUCUGGGUAAGUCUAAGAGCUUUCCACACCUGGAUUGUGCAACAUUUGCCCAUUAUUAUUUUCAAAAUUAUUCAAGCUCUGUCAAAUUGGUUGUUGAUCAUUACAACCAUAUUCAGAACUUGCUAUAGAUUUUCAAGCAGAUUUAAGGCAAAACUGUAACUCAGGAACAUUCAUGUUCUUCUGGUAAGCAACUCCAGUAUAGAUUUGGCCAUGUGUUUAAAGUUAUUGUCCUGUUGCAAGGUGAAUUAAUCCCAGUGUCUGGUGGAAAGCAGACUGAACCAGGUUUUCAUCUAGGAUUUUGCCUGUACUUAGCACAAUUUUUUUAUCCUGAAAAAAUCUCCAGUCCUUAACGAUUAUAAGCUUACCCGUAACGUGAUGCAGCCACCACUAUGUUUGAACAUAUGUUUAUUUAUUUUUACCCGGGAAGUCAGUUAAGAACCAUUUAUUAUUUACAAUGACGGCCUAGAGUGCUACUCAGUAAUGUGGUGUAUUGGAUUUGCCCCAAACAGAACACUUUGUAUUCAGGACAAAAGUGAAUUGCUUUGCCACAUUGUUUGCAGUAUUACUUUAGUGUCUUGUUGCAAACAGGAUGCAUGUUUUAGAAGAUUUUUAUUCUGUGCAAGCUUCCUUUUCACUCUGUCAAUGAGUUUAGUACUAUGGAGUAACUAUAAUGUUAUCCUAUCACAGCCAUUAAACGCUGACUGUUACCAUUGGCCUCAUGGUGAAAUCUCUGACCAGUUUCCCUCCUCUCCGGGAACUGAGUUAGGAUGGACACCUGUAUAUUUGUAGUGACUGGGUGUAUUGAUACACCAUCCAAAGUGUAAUUAAUAACAUAACCAUGUACAAAGGGAUAUUCAAUGUGUUUUUGUUUUGUUUUUUUCCCCCCCGUCCACCAAAAGUGCCCUUCUUUGCGAGGAAUUGGAAAACAUCCCUGGUCUUUGUGUUUGAAAUUCAGCGCUUGACUGAGGGAUCUUAAAAGAUAAUUGUAUGCGUGGGGUACAGAGAUGAGGUAGUCAUUCAAAAAUCAUGUUAAACACUUCUUGUACACAGAGUCCAUGCAACUGAGCACAUUUUUACUUCUGAACCCAUUUAGGCUUGCCCCAACAAAGGGUUUGAAUACUUACUCAGCUUUCAAUUUGUAAAAUUUUAGAAAAGCAUAAUUCCACUUUGACA